AAACCAUCCCAGUAUAAAUGUCUCUGUGCCUCUAACUCUGAAUCUAUUCCUGGAUUUCACUGGAGAAACCCAUCAAAAAUGUCUAAAACUGGAACAAAGAUUACUUUCUAUGAAGACAAAAAAUUUCAAGGCCGCCACUAUGACUGUGAUUAUGACUGUGCAGAUUUCCACAUGUACCUGAAUCGCUGCAACUCCAUUAGAGUGGAAGGAGGCACCUGGGCUGUGUAUGAAAGGCCCAACUUUGCUGGGUACAUGUACAUCUUACCUCGGGGCGAGUACCCGGAAUACCAGCAUUGGAUGGGCCUCAGCGAUCGCCUGGGCUCCUGCAGGGCUGUUCAUCUGUCUAGUGGAGGCCAGUAUAAGAUUCAGAUCUUUGAGAAAGGGGAUUUUAAUGGUCAGAUGUAUGAAACCACUGAAGACUGUCCUUCCAUCAUGGAGCAGUUUCACAUGCGAGAGGUCCACUCCUGUAAGGUGCUGGAGGGUGCCUGGAUUUUCUACGAGCUACCCAACUAUCGCGGCAGGCAGUACCUUCUGGACAAGAAGGAGUACCGGAAGCCCAUCGAAUGGGGUGCAGCUUCCCCAGCUGUCCAGUCUUUCCGCCGCGUUGUAGAGUAAUGACAUGGAUGGGCCAUAAGCUUCUUCCUAGGGGCCAAACACUGCUGGCCUUGUCAUCAAAUAGGCGUCAUAAAUAAAACAAUUGGCAUGCACUCCA